CAGGAGGGGCGGGGCCUCCCAGAGGCGGAAGCCAGGAUUCGCAACCCGGGGAGCGAUUGGUCCUCGCGAGGGGCGGGGAGGGGGGCGGGGGUCUUGGAGGUCGCUGGGUGGACAGCCUUGAGUCUGUUGGCGACAGCAAGUGCGUUGCGGUUACGGUGGCGCCAUGUCGUUCUGCAGCUUCUUCGGGGGCGAAGUUUUCCAGAAUCACUUUGAGCCGGGCAUUUAUGUGUGUGCCAAGUGUGGCUAUGAGCUGUUCUCCAGCCGCUCGAAGUAUGCACACUCGUCCCCAUGGCCAGCGUUCACUGAGACCAUUCACGCCGACAGCGUGGCCAAGCGUCCGGAGCACAAUCGAUCUGAAGCCUUGAAGGUGUCCUGUGGCAAGUGUGGCAACGGGUUGGGCCAUGAGUUCCUGAACGACGGCCCCAAGCCGGGGCAGUCCCGAUUCUGAAUAUUCAGCAGCUCCCUGAAGUUUGUCCCUAAAGGCAAAGAAACUUCUGCAUCCCAGGGGCGCUAGGCGGGCAGCCCAUACCCACCCUGGAUGGCCACCGCACUGAGGCCACACGCUGGCCAUUCCACCUUGGAGUUGGGACCCUAGGCAUCAAGACAGGAAGUAGGCAGGGCAUGGUGCUUGAAACAUCGGGAAGCUCCCGAGGCCCCAGCUCUGAACAAGACCUUCUUGUUUCUUGGAAAAGAUACUCAUUUGCUGAUGGUUCAUGCCUUCUGCCAGGACCGGCCUGGGCUGCACAGCCGCUCUGUCGACUGGCUUAGCUCCCCGCCCCCCGCCCACUUGAGGUGCUUCCAGGAGGUGGGCUCUGGGCGCAGCUGGUCUCUGAAUGAGGUUACACCCCCACUUUCUUUUCCCGGCCCUGUCUCUGCUCAUUGGGACCAUGGGUCCCAAUUCCAAGACAGACUCUCAUCCUCACCGAAGCUUAGGCCCACAUCUCCCAGGCUGUGUAGGAGACAGAAUGGAAAUGAAGGCUGCCCCUGCCACCCACCCCAGCCCUGGUCACUGCAUGAUCCGCUCUGGUCAAACCCUUCCAGGCCAGCCAGGGUGGGGAUGGUCUGUGACCUGCUGGGAAGGCAGGCUGAUGGGUAGACCCUGGGCAUCUCGUCCAUGAGGGGAGAAACCUAAACCCUGUUUCACAAUCUGUGCGGAAGUAGCUUGCCUCACUCGGGCUUAGGAAAGUGCUGUUGCUCCAUUACUCUAACCAGCACAGGGCAGGGGCCCUGAGUUCACACCUGCAGGGAGGCCCUUCAAAGGUGUGUGACUGUGCCUUAUUGGACAUGCUUGGAGGUCUUUCCAACCGGGAGGGUGGGUGAUGCUGAAGUUACCCUCCAUCUUAAGUAAUUUCUUUUUGGCGUAAUCAGAUGGAAAUCAAUAAACAAAUUAAACACCCAGA